AAUCCAUAUAUGCCCAAAUUUUAGCAUAUUAUUAAGGAGAAGAUCUGUAUUGGGUUUAGUAAUAUUUUGGGGAUACUUGUAAGUUACUCAAAAGCCCUAGGUUGGGGAAUGAAAUUGCAAAUUAUCAGUUGAUAACUUACGAUGGCGGACAAAGUCGGAAACGGAGACAACGCCACCGCCUCUGUGAGAAUCCCUAGCCAGUAUGUCGAUCACCACCGCCGCGAAAUCAAACGAGCAAGAGUCUCAAGCGAAGAUCUAGACUCAAUCAGCUCUUUGCCUGAUGAGAUCCUCCAAGUUAUCCUCGCCUUCAUCCCGACAAAAUUAGCAAUCAGAACUUCCAUCUUGUCGAGAAGAUGGAGACAUGUAUGGUCUGAUACACCUUCCCUCUCCUUCUUCGGUGGAAGAUGUCGUCUUGACAGUGGUUCGAUAGACAAAACCCUAUCUCGCUACACGGCUCGCAAGAUGAUGAGUUUUGAGCUCCGUUUCAAAAGUUCCGACGACUAUUAUCCUCAAGUUUACAGUUGGAUCGAGUUUGCCAUGUACCGAAACGUGGAGAAUCUGUGGCUGGAAUACUGUAUUUAUGAUGUUCCUGAUUUCUUCUACAUCAAUUCUUCUGUCAAGCAACUUUACGUUAAGUUACAUUAUACUAAAUUGGAUCCCAAAUGCUCCGUCUCUUGGACAUCUUUGAAGAUCCUUUCAUUGCACACUUGCAACAUCUAUGACGAACCCUUUGCUAAGAUUCUAUCUGGUUCUCCGAAUCUCGAAACCUUAAGAUUGUAUUUCUGCGAUGAAUUGUGUGUUCUUGAUCUCAGCAAAUCACCGCGUCUAAAAACAUUAGAAAUAGAAAGCGAACAUUGGCUUCAGGGGGCAAAGAUUGUGGCACCACAUAUCCAUUCCCUUAGAUUGAGAUUGACAAUCUCUGAUUUUCCAUAUACUUUAGUUGAUGUCUCGUCUUUAAUAGAAGCUGAACUAGACAUUGACUCUGUCUUAACUGGAAAAUUAAACACUCGUUUUCUUCAAACCAUUGUGCUAAAGAUUCUAGAGAAGGUGCAGAAUGUAGAGAAGCUUACUUUUGGUGGAAACUUUCUUAAGGCUUUAUCUCAUGCCGAUCUCCAUGGUUUUCCUUUUCCCAAGUUCAAGGCUAAAGUUUUGACGCUUGACACAACUAUCUCUCGAUAUGUUAUUUCUGGUAUAGUAAGGGUGCUACAAAACUCACCUGAAUUAAAGAAGCUAACCAUACGCACAAUGGAUUGCGACGCCAUAAAGGAGGAGAAUCUUGACAAAUAUUUAUUAGAUUUGUAUGGCUGGAAUCCGUAUCAAUGCUUGGAAGCGAAGGUCUUUGGAAACAUUUACCGUAGGAAUGUAGAGUCAAACCAUGUGGCUUUGUUCAUGGAACUUGUUCUUAAAACCACAAAGACACUAGAGAAGAUGGUGCGAUCUGCUUCCAUGGCGAUCUGCUUCAUUCUCUAUACCCUUCUCACGAUCAUCUUCGCCGUAUCUCUGAGUUUAUCUCUUUCCGUCAUCAAUGCAAGAAAGAGCAGAAAACGUGCGGUGGGAUUCUUCCAUCCGUACACGAACGACGGUGGCGGCGGCGAGAGAGUGCUCUGGUGCGCAGUUAAAGCCAUCCAAGAGGAAAAUCCCGAUCUUGACUGUGUCAUCUUCACCGGAGAUCAUGACUCUUCUUCUGAUAGCUUAGCUCGUCGCGCCGUUGAUCGAUUCGGUGUUCACCUUCAAUCUCCUCCUAAGGUGAUUCAUCUAAACAAAAGGAAAUGGAUUGAAGAGAGGACUUACCCACAUUUCACAAUGAUAGGUCAGAGUCUUGGUUCGGUUUACUUAGCGUGGGAAGCAUUACGCAAGUUCACUCCUUUGUAUUUCCUUGACACUAGUGGAUAUGCUUUCACAUAUCCCCUUGCUCGGAUCUUUGGUUGCAAAGUUGUUUGCUAUACUCAUUAUCCAACUAUUAGUUUGGAUAUGAUUUCUCGUGUUCGUCAGAGGAACUCUAUGUAUAACAAUGAUGCUUCCAUUGCUAAGAGCAAUUGGUUAUCGACUUGCAAAUUAGUCUAUUACAGAGCUUUUAGCUGGAUGUAUGGGAUGGUUGGGUCAUGUACUCAUCUAGCAAUGGUUAACUCUUCGUGGACAAAGUCCCAUAUCGAAGUACUUUGGAGAAUUCCAGAACGGAUUACACGGGUCUACCCGCCCUGUGAUACUUCAGGACUUCAGGCGUUUCCUCUUGAACGAUCAUGUGAUCCUCCUAAAAUCAUAUCCGUUGCUCAAUUUCGUCCUGAGAAGGCUCAUAUGCUUCAGCUUGAGGCCUUUGCACUAGCCUUAGAGAAAUUAGAUGCAGACGUCCCUCGACCCAAGCUCCAAUUUGUGGGAAGUUGUAGAAACAAUUCAGAUGAAGAACGGCUACAGAAAUUGAAAGACAGAGCAGUUGAACUAAAAGUGGAUGGAGACGUGGAAUUCUAUAAAAAUGCCAUGUACAGAGAACUAGUGGAACUGUUAGGAAAUGCAGUUGCAGGAAUGCAUGGGAUGAUAGAUGAACACUUUGGUAUUAGCGUUGUUGAGUACAUGGCGGCUGGUGCAAUCCCAAUAGCUCACAACUCAGCUGGACCCAAAAUGGACAUCGUGUUGGAAGAAGACGGACAAAGAACCGGGUUUCUUGCUGAGACUGUGGAGGAAUACGCCGAAGCGAUCCUUGAGAUUGUGAAGAUGAGUGAAAAGGAGAGGCUUAAAAUGGCUGAAUCUGCUAGAAAACGAGCGGCAAGGUUCUCUGAACAACGGUUUUGUGAGGACUUCAAAACUGCGAUUCGACCCAUUUUCACUGGUCCUCUUAAAUAACAGUUCUUAAGCCCUCAAAAUCUGCUUACUGCACUAGCUUUUAAACGCACAAGACAAGCUAGGUUAUACCUGUUAUCCUCUCUUUAUAGUUUUUUUUUUUUAAUUCUGGUUAAAGGUCUGACGUAGACGUUGUAAGAAACAGUUUGGUCAAAA